GUGGCCACAUACUAAUUCUCUCGGGCGGUUAAACUAUGUUUCGUGUCUUCUCGUCUUAUACUUGCAAGAAUUGCAACCCCCACCACCACCAACUCUCUCUCUCUCUCUCUCUCUCUCUCUCUCUCUCUCUCUCUCUCUCUCUUGCUCGCCCUCGCUCUCUCUCUCUCCCUCUCUCCAUUUCCUCAUAUGCAUUUAACGCGCGCCCUCAGUCCGAGAUGUAGGACGACCGAUUCUUCAUUACCGGUGUGGGAGCUUUUAUUCGAUUUAUUCGUGGAUCACAUAAAGGCUAUAGCGUAUAGUGUUAAAUUAAUGAAAACUCUUAAUUUUGACAGACAGUUUGAGAGACACCAUGUACAAUUUCUUGCGCAAACUGUCGUCAAGUAGAUUAUGUGGUGUCCACCAACUCUAAAAAGGUGUUGAUGUCACAAAAAGCCUUACAGGUUAAAGUGAAGGAUACGCCACCUGUCGCAUCUGCUGCUCCUCUGCGAUAGGAUAGGUAUAAAGUUGCAAAAUGAUCUUCAGACCAUUUAAAGGUGGAAUGUCCCUCCCGUGGCCUUUAUCUAUCUGAGAGACAUCAGACACCAUGGAUCCUUGGAUAUUUCCCUCUUCUCACCCAAACCUAUCUGAGCCUCCUAUGUAUGACAGUUACAUCGUUGGAAAUGACACUGACGAAGGACUGAAGAAUGGCACAGAUCACGACUUCCCUCAGACCAGCACGGUGGUUAUGACUUUUAUUUAUUUUGUGGUCUGUGCUGUAGGUCUUUGCGGCAAUACUCUGGUCAUCUACGUUAUCCUGCGCUAUGCCAAGAUGAAGACCGUCACCAACAUCUAUAUUCUGAAUCUGGCUGUGGCGGAUGUGCUUUUUAUGCUGGGCCUGCCUUUUAUUGCCAUUCAGCUGGCUUUGGUUCACUGGCCCUUCGGCCCCGCACUAUGCAGAGUGGUCAUGACCGUGGAUUCGCUUAAUCAGUUCACCAGCAUUUUCUGUCUAAUGGUAAUGAGCAUCGAUCGUUACCUAGCUGUGGUUCACCCCAUCAAAUCCACCAAAUGGCGAAAACCUCGUGUGGCGAAGACCAUCAAUUUGGCCGUAUGGGGUGUUUCGCUGCUCGUCAACCUGCCCAUCGUCAUCUACAGCGGCCUGAUCACCAAACAGGACAGCUGCUUCUGUACCAUCGUGUGGCCAGAGCCCGAGGAGACCUAUUAUACUGCUUUCAUGUUCUACACCUUCUUCUUGGGAUUCUUCCUACCACUGAUGGUCAUCUGCCUGUGUUACUUGCUCAUCAUUAUUAAGGUAAAGUCCUCGGGCAUUCGAGUGGGGUCCACCAAGAGGAAACGGUCGGAGAGGAAGGUGACUCGCAUGGUGUCCAUUGUGGUGGCCGUUUUUGUGUUCUGCUGGUUGCCCUUUUACGUCUUUAACGUGACGUCCGUGACCGGUACAAUCAGCACUACACCCAUCCUUAGAAGCACGUUUGCCUUUGUGGUGGUGCUGGGUUAUGCCAAUAGCUGUGCCAACCCCAUCCUGUACGCCUUUUUGUCAGAGAAUUUCAAGAAGAGUUUCCAGAACGUUCUCUGCCUGAAGAAAGUGGGCGGGCUGGAUGAGAUUGAACGGAGUGAUAGCAGGCAGGACAAAACACGAAUGAUGAACGACCCCACAGAGACUCAGAGCACACUGCUGAAUGGAGACCUGCAGACCAGCAUUUGACACACAUACACACACACACACACACACACACCACAUACACAUACACACACACCACAUACACAUACACACACGCACAGAGAGAGAGAGAGAGAGAGAGAGAGAGAGAGAAAGAGAGAGGGAGACAUAUGGAGGUCAGCUCCUUAGCAGCUUGAAGGGUAAACUCUGAGUGAAACACAUCUGCCCCUUGGGGAUUCUCAAAUUCUCACUCACUGAAUAAGACACAGUCCCUCUGUUUUCAUCACCGGUCAGAGUGAGACCAUCUUCAAAUCACUUGUUCCUCUCUUACACUAAGGAUCUCAAGACAUCUAAACAUGCACUCAAACUGAAAAAGACCUUCAAAUUCAAUUGGAACGCAAUUCAGUUGUUUAAUUUCAAGGUUGUCAGUGGAGUAUUUUCACAGAAAUCUCAUUAAGAGGACCAUAUGAAAAUCAAAGGGUGAAAUUAGAUCUUGUCGACAGUGGACUCUUGUACGACUCUGCCGUCAGUCAUUUGCAAAAAAAAAUUUGUUUGUGGGAAAUGUGUCGGUAAUUCAAAUGACUAGAGCCUUUGCAUUAUCUCACCACUGUGUUUCUCUUAGAUGAAGAGGAAGGACAGCACAUGCUGUGCAGUGCUGAUGGAACUGUCCAAUGAACCGUGUUUGUUCUCAGAGCUCUUUGUGUGACUGGGAGAUGAAGGUGCCAGUGUGGCACCAGACAUGAAUGUAUAUUUAAUUUUUGUGUAUAUGUAUGUGGGUUUGUAAGUAUCUGUCUGAAAUAUACAGUUUUGUAUUUGACUUUUGUUCUUGAUGGAUUUGUUCAUUUCCACACAUUUCUUGCUUUGAUAAUUGUAUUGGUUUAUUUCUGCAAAGUCUACAUACUUCCUCAUAUGUACACAUAGUAUUAGUUUGGCAUGGCCAUAAGUUUACCAAUAACCAAACUGCUGCUAGAAUGUAUAGAUCUAUACUGCUUUGUGGUUAAAAUGUCUGUCACUUUUUUUAGCCAAGUGAAAUCUUUUUUUUCCCCCUUUUUUAGUUCUGUUAAAAUAAAUGUUAGGGAAAAAAAGAAACAAUAUUAACUGAAGCAUACUGUAUGUUUGCCGAGCUGGGAUGCUUUGUAAAUUAGGCGAAAUGAUCUUUAUUUCCACUGCUGGGCAAAUACCCAGUCCCGUUCAGCUCUGUAAAUAAUACAAACAGUCACUGACUGUGAUUCUCGAUUUCCAGAUCUCCAGAUAAUUUCACGAAAAGAGAAAAUGGAAGUUGUAAUGUUGCUUUGCUGUGGUCCCAGUGGGGCUUGGGUCCACCACAAGGAGUGUAUCUUUAAAGAGCUGUAUGUACCAAAGUGGCUGACAUAUAGUUUAGGGGGGGGGGGGUGAAAUGAAAUCACUGAUAUGUGUGUGAAUGAUGCUCUGUGUAAUCAUGUUCUGCUUCACUAAAUGUGUAAACAAGAAA